GGCGCCUCCUUGACCUGGAACCAUUGGUGUCCGCAUGCAGCUCUGACUAAAAACUCUGGAAUCAAAUAUAUCCGGUGUUUUUGGUGGGGGUCUGUGGCAUUUUCGUAGUUAACCGUUCAGAGCUAACGGAGACCUUCGAUCGGGUUUAUGGAAUGUGUUAGCUCGGUUAUCUGUCCUCCCCCGGUUACUAUUAGUUUUCACUCGGAGAAGCCGAAGCGAGAAACAAACAAACAAAAAAAGAUGAAGCGGAAGCGCCCGGUGAACUGUUUCCGUUAGAGGCCUGUGCGACCUCGGUCUGGAGUAUAUGCUUAGCCGAACCGCGGCGCUCGUGUGCGGAAUGGAUCGACCGAAGCUGCCGUAAACACGAGCAGACUGACGGACACUCACGCUCUGGGGAUCGGCAGGUUACAGUUGCUGGUCGGAUUGCCUUGUCGGAGGUUUUUGACCCCCAACAAAUGUCAUGACGUCCAUCAGGAGUCUUUCAGCUGCCUGGAGAGGGCAUUGUCUCACUGCUGUGCUGUUUGUGUGCAGAGGAAGAGAGCAGAUGGAGGCCAUGGAGGUGGACUCUGCUGUGGAUGUGCUAGCUGAAGGGCUGGAAAUUGCUCCCCCGCCUGAAGAGUUCAUUGAAUCUCGCAGCAUCUCAGACUCUGGUAGCAGCACAGAAGUGGACGAAGAUGACGAAGAAGAGCAAAGAGCAGCUCAAACGCCUGUGAGGCUACCUUCCACCUGGGCGUUCAGCCAGAGGGCCGUGGGUGGAGCGGCUGUCGCACCUCCAGCCAGUCAGGGGGCGCCGAUUCAGAGGAGGCUAAGGCAGGGCCUCCGCGUGCAUUAUCCCAGCCAGACUGCAGGCCCCUCCAGGGGCUUCCCAGACUUCCAUCUGCGAGCGCCAGCGGCCAGCAUGGCGGAGCCGGAGUCCGGCAGCACCACCGAGGUCAGCGAGUCUGAGGAGGACGAGGAAAGGCGAGGAGAGGAGUCGACAUCCAAUGCUGCUCAGGAUGUGGAACCUGGUGGUUCUGCUUCUACCCCUCAGCAGGCAGAGCCACAGGAGGCCAGUGCGUCCAUCUCUGCCACAGUCGUUGACAGUGAAAGAACCGAGGGGACCGUUCAGGACUGCCGGACGUCCCAGGUCCAGUCAUCCAGUCCUGAGGAGAAUGAAGGCGACACGUGCACCAUUUGCUUCGAGUCCUGGACGACGGCGGGCGAGCACAGACUGUCUGCUCUGCGCUGCGGACAUCUCUUUGGCUACACCUGCAUCCACCGCUGGCUGAAAGCUCAGGGAUCUGCUGCCAAAUGCCCACAGUGCAACAAGAAGGCAAAGCGGUCAGACAUUGUGCUGCUGUACGCACCAAAACUGAGAGCCCUGGAUAACUCGGAGCAGGAGAGCCUAAAAAAGUCUCUGGAGCAGGAACAGUCUCUGAGGAGGAAGGCAGAGCUGGAGUCUGCUCAGUACAAGCUCAAGCUGCAGGUGGUCACCACCAAGUAUGGCCAUGCACAGCAGGAGCUGCAGGAGUUGAGAGCCUUGAUAGCCCAGACUGGCAGGAGCUCUGCUCCCUCCUCGACCUCCUCUUCUUCAUCAGCCUCCCUCCCCUUCAGUCUGUCCCAGAGGGUGGAUGGUUCCAGGGCAGCUCAGUAUAGCUUCUCCAAGGCGGUGCUGGUGUCUCAGGCGGGUGGCUGCAGGGUUCUGGCCUACUGUGACCCGCUGAGCUGCCUGCUGGCCUCACAGCCCUCCCCCCACUCCACUCUGGUGCCUGGCUGUGGGGUGAAGAAGCUGAGUGUGGUGAACAUGAAGACCAGCCAGUACGUUCCCAUCCACAGCAAGCAGAUCCGGGGUCUGUCCUUCAACACGCGCAACGACAGCCUGCUGCUGUCGGCGGCGCUGGACAACACCAUCAAACUGACCAGUUUGCUGACCAACACGGUGGUUCAGACCUACAACGCGGGGAAGCCUGUGUGGAGCUGCUGCUGGUGUUUGGACAACAGUAACUACAUUUACGCUGGCCUGAGCAACGGCUCUGUGCUCCUUUAUGACACCAGGGACACCAGCACCCACGUCCAGGAGCUGCUGCCGGCGUGCUCGAGGUGUCCCGUGGCUUCUCUGUGCUAUGUCCCAAGAGCGGCAUCCACCUCGUUCCCCUGUGGCGGGCUGAUCGCUGGUUCUUUGGAGGGCGGGUGUUUCUGGGAGCAGGUGAAUGAGGCCACCUACAGGCCACAUGUUCUCCCGCUGGAAAACGCCGGCUGCAUCGACAUCCAAGUGGAAGCUGAGAGCAGACACUGUCUCGUCACAUACAGGCCAGGACGCUCCAACCCUUUUCUGCGCUGUGUGCUGAUGUCUCUGACGCGAAGCCCUCAGCAGGACAGCAGCCAGCUGCCCAGCUGCUCCUGCUCCCCAGUGCAGACGUUCAGCGGGGGCUCAUCCUGCAAGCUGCUCACCAAAAACGCUGUCUUCAAGAGUCCAGCUGGAAGCGGGACGCUGGUCUGUGCUGGAGACGAGGCCUCCAACUCCACCAUGAUCUGGGAUGCCGGCUCUGGCUCUUUGCUUCAGAAACUUCCAGCCGACCUGCCGGUGCUUGACAUAAACCCCUUCUAUGUCAACGGAGAGCAUUUUCUGGCCACUCUUACAGAAAAGAUGCUCAAACUGUACAAGUGGGAGUGAAGAGAGGCUGAGGAGGAGGCAAAGUGUGCUACAGAGCAUCACUUUGGUCUCCGUCUGCUUCAGUUUCCCUCCAGAGGCUCAUAAGUGGCCUAAAAUCUGAAGAUUAAACAGUCACGACUCUCGCAGCACUUCAGAGUCGUACUUCAUGAAGGUCAUCGAUCGUUGCCUCUGUGAUUCUUGUCCUAACCAGCUGGUUAGUUGGUUCUGGGGAGAAUUCUGCUGAUCUCAGCUGUUUGGCUCGUUUGUUGGUAAAAAGCCUCAAGUAUUUGUUGCAGUCAAGUUUGAGAAUCAUCAAUACUUUCCUCACCAAAGUUCAUUUCCAAACACUGUCUGGGUCCACCGCUCUGCCUCAAUCCAACAAGCAUUUCAUAGUGAGGAUGCUCCGCCUUUGACCUUUCGGAGCACCUGAGAGGCUCCGCCCGCUGGUGUGGCUGUUCCUGACACGGUGGGUUCAGCCGCAGACGUGCGCUCACCCGUGAACCCUCAUCAUGCUUUUGCUAAAGACUGUCUUUUUAAAGAAGUGAACUAGAAGGAAAUAAUCCGUAUAAUGCUUCAGUCUUCAUUUUAAACAGUCUGGCAUUGAACCAACCGGAUGUUCAAAUGUUCUUCAUCAUCUUCAUUUCUUUCCUCCUCACUUACUCCAGCUGGACCUUCAAGUGCCAAAGCAGUAAAUGUCUCUGGUUAUUUUUAAUAAAGUUGUAUAUAUGUAUAUUUCUUACCUAAAGUUUGUGUACAACUUCAAAUUUAAUAAAAACUGAUUUUUUUUUAACUUUC